CGAGAGCUUUCCGGGAAGUCAAACAAAACCGAGUCGGAACAUGCUUCAAAUGUAUUCAAAGUGUCCAGAAGAACACUCAACCGGUGUGAGAAUGAAGGAGUUGAUUUCGGAAAUAAAUAGUCGGCUCUGUUGUAGCCUUUUGUCUCUUUUAUGUCAUGCAGGAACUUGUAUUCCUCGUAUAAGGUAUUCAAAGUGGUCGGAAGAACACUCACCAGAUGAUGACGGGGUGCCGAUACUAAUUGAGGAUAGCGAGCCUGAGGAGGAUCUUAGCAAGGAUCCAGAGGAGAUGGAACAGGAGCCUAAGGAGGACCCUAGCGAGGAUCCAGGGGAUAUUAAAUAG